AUGUUCCCAGAUGCAUUCCUUACCCAUCUAAACCCACUGAAGUCUGACCAUGCACCUUUACUGCUCAAAUUCUUGUCUUCAAGUCACACAAGAAGGGGCAGUAAACCAUUUCGUUUUGAAGCUGCUUGGCUGACUCAUGAAUCAUUCCCAGCAUUUCUUCACCAAGAAUGGAACACUCAUCAUGACUGGAACAACAGAAUAGACCAUACUGUAAAGACAUUGCUGGAAUGGAAUAGAAAUACAUUUGGAAACAUAUUUUUUAAUAAAAGACGCCUGCUUCGACGGCUUAAUGGAAUUCCACGUAACCUGUUACAAGGACCUAACACCUUUCUGGAGCGACUACAAGUGAAGCUAUGGUCUGAACUAGACCAAAUCCUAAGACAAGAAGAGAUACUCUGGUAUCAAAAAUCUCGUUGCAAAUGGUUAAAAUUUGGAGAUAGAAACACGAGUUACUUCCAUGGAACAACGAUUGUACGGCGAAGGAAAAGCAAGAUAAAUAAGUUGAUGGAUGAUAAUAAUAACUGGAUUACACAAACAGAUGAUCUAGAAAAUAUGGUUACUAGCUUCUAUAAAGCCUUAUUUUCUAAAGCUCGAGAUUCAGCUGCCUUCACUCUCUCUAAUGCUUUUCCUCAACUUGAAAAUGAGGAGUUAUUAGAGAUCGGAAGUCCAAUAUGUGAUGCAGAAAUUCUACAGGCAGUCAAACAGAUGAAGGUUUUAAAGCUCCUGGGCCUGACGGCCUUCAAGCGAUCUUUUUUAGGUCAAAAAGUUAGCUUAGACAAGACCCGGGUUUUCUUUUCAAAGAAUGUGAGUUUCUCUGUUAGGGAAAGUAUUAGUGCAGCCUUGGGAUUUCAACAAACGGGGAACUUGGGAAAGUACUUAGGAAUUCUGGCACAUCACUCACGAGUUAAUAGGUCCUCCUACCAGGACAUUAUAAAAAAAAUGAUCCAGAGACUAAGUGGUUGGAAGGCUAGAAAUCUCUCUUUCGCGGGAAGACUUACGCUCACCAAAUCUGUCCUUGCAGCACUUCCUUCCUUCACAAUGUAG